AUGUCCACCGCACACCUAUCCCUCGACGACUACACCUUCCCCGGUCCCAAGCAGCACUCUUCCUACGAGCUCACUUACGCCCUGGGGGCCCACCAAUCCUCGUCGCUAUACCCACACGCUGGUCUGGAUGCUUCCUCCUCCAACCCGCACCGCGACUCGUCCGCGCACUUCCAGCACCUACCGCAGGAUGCCCCGCACCACUCUAUGUACAUGCCCGACCAUCCCGAGAACUUCUUGGCACAGUACUAUGUUGGCCUGGGAUACCCCAACUACGACGCGCACCUACCUCCUUACGCUAUGCCGCAGCGCCCUCCUUCACCCCGGACGCUUUACACCGCUAAUUCCGGCUGGGGAGCCCCCGAGGGCUACGGAGCGCCCGUAGUUCCGACUCCGUCUAGCUCGACGUUCCUGCACAACCUCCAGAACGUUAUCGACUCGUCGCACACCUCGCAGGUCCAGCACCAACAGCACCAACAGCAGCACGAGCACUCCGCCCAGGUCGCUCAGCAGCAGUCGGUCGGGCCCUCUUCGUCCUCAUGGACGCUGUCCGGCUCGCUCGACCCUGCCACCGGUGUCUUCCAGCGCAGCGUCGAGCAUCCCCGCCUUCGUACCGCUCAGGCGUGCGAGAAGUGCCGUGUUCGCAAGGCCAAGUGCAGCGGAGACCACCCUGCUUGCCAGCGGUGCAUGUCCAGGGGUCUCCAGUGCGAGUACGCCCCGGAGCGCAAGAUGCGCGGGCCGAACAAGCAGAAGCGCAAGAGCGUCUCUCAGCGCCACGAGUCCUCGCCUUCUGGGGAUCGCAGGAGCUCCAUUGCGUCGAUCUCCUCCACCAUGUCCUCCAGCUCCAGCGCAUCUGUCUACGACGCAAACGCAGCCGCCGCGGCCGCGGCCACUGCAGCCGUCAACCGGAGCGCUACUCGCCCUUCGAGUCGCAGCAGUGCCCAUGCCAGCAUGCCUUCCUCUCCCAUGCGCAUCGAGAGCACCCGUCCUCGCUCCACCACCAUCGCGCUCGGUGCCAUCCAGCGCGCCGCUGAGUAUGUGCCCAGCCCCCUACACUCACAGCGCGGUACCGGCUCUCCACCCCUUCGCCAGCGGCCCCCGCCGCUCGACCUGAGCGACGCGCGUCAGUUCAACAUGCGCUACCCUGCAAUGCUAGCGCAGUACACUCGCGGCGGCGAGCCCAUCGGCGCAUACGGCUCUUCGUCCGCAAGCGCCAACGACUCUGUCGACGGUCGUCGGCCGUCGCUUCCGCCGUACCUCGUUGAGGCAUACUCCCGUAUCGCGUACUCCCACAGCGACGCACCUCCGCCGGACUCCGCAGCGUUCCACCAACCCUCUCCAUUCGUCGCCCCUCCCGCAUCCUCCUUCACCGAGUCAUCGGACAUGGCUCGGUAUGUCCCCUCCCACUACCACCUCCGUUAA